CAUUUUAGGUGAUUUCUCCUUGCUGGAACAGUUGUUUAAACUUUACUCAACAUGUCCAGAGAAGUAUCCAAUGCUAGAGCCUUCCUCUGUAGAUGGCACUGGAAACACCUUGUUCCAUGUGAUAGCAAAGGGCACCUGCUCUCCCCAUGCUGUGAAUGCUGCCAGGAUUCUGCUUCAAAACAAGGUCAACCCACUGGUGAGAAACAGGGAUGGUUUAACAGCAAUGCAGAUGUUGAAGAAGGGAAAUGACCGAAGGAUGCAGUAUAUGAAACAGGCAAAACAAUUCUAUCCAGAUUUUUCUCCUCCCACACCAAGAAAAAAGAAAGGCAAGCAGAAGGAAAAUGAGAAAUCAGCUGUUCUCCCUGCUGAUGAUGAAGUUACUGCUAAUGAAGCACUGGAUACAGCUCAGAAAGAUAUAACAUGCGGACAGGAUACAGCUCAGACAGACAUAACACCUCAUUUGUUGAAGAAAGAGGGCACAACUAGCAUUGUUCCAAAGAUGAAUAAAGAAGACACAAGGAAGAGAAUAUCUUCUCUCAUUUCAGACUUGCCACAAAUGGAACCCAAAAGAUGGAAAGAUGAUUCUGCAAGUAUGCUUUUGUCCAGUGCAGCCUCUGUUAAAGAUGGACAAGCAAAAGUUGAACAAGGUGUUUACAAUGAAAACUCUGGUGUAGGAAAAACAGCAGUAAUUGAAGAAGAUGAAAUCCAAAAUGACCUUGAGACUGAUCUACAGGAAAAUAAAUUCGAAGAAGAACCUCAAGAUGUUGACCCAAGCCUAUUUGAUGACUUGGUAUGGGAGGUAGAAUGCACAGCCAAUCUGUGGAAACUACUGCGGGAGAAAAAGUUGGAAAUCAAAAUGAAAAGAAGAAUCAUAGAGAAAAUCCAAUUCCUUGGCAAUGGCCACUGGAGACAAGAUCUCUGCAAGAGACUGGAGGGGGCUGCCAAAAAUGCUGGAAUGAAGUUGUAUGAGGCCAAGCUGACCAAAGGGGCUCGUAUUCUCUGGGAACUGGCCAUUGCUUUCUCUCCACGUUGCAGUGAGAGCGCUGAGCAGAGACUUGGCAUGGAAUCUAUCAAAGAAGGGGUGGUUGGAGGGAGAAUCUACUCUGAAGUCAUCCGAGUGUGGGAUGUUGUCUUUGAUCACGAUAAUGUCUCCAGGAAAAUUGACAGCAUUGUAACAUCUUUCAACAGAGGACAGGAAUGUAUUAUUCAGAAGAAACUCAAAGGCAUGGAACGCAAGGACUUCCCUUCACACAAGUUCACUGAUCAGAGAAUACCUAUGUAUUUCCACGAGGUGGACACAGAGGAGAAGGAGCCACCUAACCCUCUGCCACAUAUGCCUAAACCAGAAUCUUCGACCAAAUUCUUUCCACCAGCAAGUGCCAAUGAGACAGAGUACCACAUCAUGAAAUUCUAUUCAUUCACGUCGGCUCUGGUCAACAAUGUUCUUCUCAACCAAGACACCAAAGUAGACUUUCCUUUCAGGGUAACAGAAUUAGAGCAUGCCAUUAUCAACUUGAACCCAAAACCACCACAAUCAAUCCUUCUACUAGGCAGGAGUGGGACAGGGAAAACCACCUGCUGCUUGUAUCGCCUAUGGACCUUCUUCUCACGUUACUGGGAGCAAGCCGCCAGGGCUGGAGAGCCCUUGAUUCCCCGUAGUGUCACCUUUGUGCACCAGGACGUAAAGGCAGAUAAGGCUAAUAACAAAGAUACAUCAGAAAUGUCUGAUUUUGGUGAUGAUGGCGAUGAUGAUGAUGAUGAUGAUGAUGAUGUAUCAGCUGAUGAAUCAGAAAAGUUGGAUGUAGCCAGCAAAGGUGCCACAUGUAACACAGAAGACUGCCAACAAGAACCUGGCAACACUCAGGAAGCCCCGAUCAUGGAACAUCUGCAUCAAGUGUUUGUUACUAAAAAUGCUGUGCUUUGCAGUGAAGUGAAGAGAAAUUUCAGGGAGUUGAGUCAUGCAUGGGAACCUGCCAAUGCUCAUGUUGAAGUGGAAGACCUUCCUUUGCCAAAUUGUCUACAGGAAGCCCACCCUGCUCAGUUCCCACUGUUUAUCACAGCCAAACAGUGGCUGAUGCUUCUUGAUGGAUCCUUGCUGAAUUCAUUUUUUCCACGCAACCAAGAUGGCAGCCUGAAGCGGCAUAUUCAGGGCUGGGGAGAAAAAGAAGCAAGUGUGACCUAUAUCCCUGAUCUGGAUGAUUCUGAUGGUGAGUUGGAGGAUGAUGAAGAUGACACAGUUUUACCAGGUGACCCUGAAAAUGAGGAUGUCGCCAACCAACCACAGCCAAAGGAAACUGAUCCAAGGCGAGAGGUAACAUAUGAAGUAUUUGCCUGUGAGCUUUGGACCAAAGUGAACAAGGAGAAGAUUGACUACCACCCUACAUUAGUCUGGAUGGAAAUUAUGUCUUUCAUUAAGGGUUCUGUAGAGGCCCUGCACACUGAGAAGGGUGAACUGUCCAGAGAGGGAUACCUAGAGCUUGGACAGAAGAGGGCACCCAACUUCUCCGGAGAUCGGAACAAGGUGUAUGACAUGUUUGAGAGAUACCGUCAGAUCAAGUUGACCAAGGGGCUGUUUGAUGAAUGUGAUGUGAUCAGCCAUAUUUACCGCAGAUUGAAAGAUAUUAAAGUCUUGCAGUGGAGCCUUCAUCAAAUCUAUGUGGAUGAAACCCAAGACUUUACCCAGGGUGAACUUUCCCUCUUCAUACGGUGUUGUCAAGACCCCAAUUCUUUAUUUCUCACAGGAGACACAGCCCAGAGCAUCAUGAGAGGAGUUGCCUUCCGUUUUGAUGAUCUCAAGACUUUAUUCCACUAUGCAAGCAAGUCUUUCAAAGCUGUGGGCAAGACAUCAGCAGUGGCUGUCCCCAAGAAGGUGUACCAGCUCACCCACAACUACCGAUCUCAUGCAGGUAUCCUGGACCUGGCAUCCAGUGUGAUUGAUCUCUUGGUGAAGUUCUUUCCAGAGUCUUUUGACAGACUGGAGAGAGAUCAGGGCUUAUUCCUUGGACCCAAACCAGUUCUUUUGCAGUCCUGUAGUUUCAGUGACCUUGCAUUACUGCUGAGAGGAAACAAAAGGAAGACGUCUGAGAUUGAGUUUGGCGCCCACCAGGUUAUCUUGGUUGCCAAUGAGGAGGCAAAGAGCAACUUGCCAGAGGAACUUAGUUUGGCCCUGGUGCUGACCAUCUAUGAAUCCAAAGGCCUGGAGUUUGAUGAUGUCCUGCUAUACAAUUUCUUCAAGGAUUCCCCAGCUUACAAAGAGUGGAGAGUUGUGACAGGUCACCUGGACAAGCUGCUGGAGCAGUACAAGUACAACCAAGAGAAAGGACAAGAUAAUCUUGUGGAACUGGAUAUUGAUGAAGAGUAUGACAAUGUCCGUCCUAGACCAUUAGACUUUAGCCCAGAGAAACACAAAGUAUUGAACUCUGAGCUCAAGUAUUUGUACACAGCUUUGACCCGGGCCAGGGUCAAUGUCUGGAUAUUUGAUCAGGACGAGGAAAAGAGGGCACCUAUGUUUGAAUAUUUUGUUCGAAGAAAGUUGAUGGAUGUUGUGGAGACAAGAUCUGACAGCAGUGAUGACGGUCUGUCAUCUGCAAUGUUUGCAUGUACUUCUACAGCAGAGGAGUGGGUGAAGAGAGGUGAUUAUUUCUAUAAUCACAAGUUGUACCAAGUAGCUGCUAAAUGUUACAGAAGAGGUGGUGAAGAAGUCCUGGAAAGAAUGUCCUUGGCUCAAGCAAGAGCUCUGAGUGCAGAGAGACUGAGAGAAAACCCACACAAAUUAAAACAGGAGUUUCUCCUGGCUUCUGAGGAGUUCUUGCAGUGUAGUAUGCCAUCUGAGGCAGCCAAGUGUCUGUACAAUGCAAAGGAGUUCCUGUUGGCAGCCAGACUGUUUGAGAAGAUGGCAAAGUUCAGGGAUGCAGCUGUCCUUUACAAAAAAGUCAAGUAUUACCAGGAUGCUGCCAAUUGCUAUGAGCAAUCCUCUGACUUCAGGAAAGCCAUUGAGAUACAUGUGUCAGUGGAUCAGUUCCAGAAAGCAGCAGAUGUCCGUGAAAGAUAUGACAUUAAAGCACAGGAAUACGUGUCUCAUGGAAAGAUGCUGCCACAGGCUUUAAUAAAUGGAGCCCCAAGUCCUCUUCAUAGCAUGGACUAUCUUUGCUUUGAAGCUGCAAAAUUGCAUUUUCAUCGCAGAGAGUAUGAUGCCAUGAAUGCAGCCCUAUCACGCCUUCCCUUUGAACGACAACUUCAGUUUCUCAAAGAAAGAAACAACAUAGCUGGUGUUGCUGCUUUGUAUAAAAGAAAUGGUGAGUAUUUAAAUAGGGUUAGAAAUUAUAUUCACAAGUAA